AGUGGAGCGGCGGGCACCGGGCCAUCUGGCUCGACAGCGGGCAUCGGGUCACCAGGUAUGACAGCGGGCACUGGGUCAUCAGGCAUUGGAUCGUCUGGCUCGACAGCGGGCAUCGAGUCAUCAGGCACGACAGCGGGCACUGGGUCAUCAGGCAUUGGAUCACCACAGGCUGUGUUGGACUGUGCUCUGCUGAGCUCCAGGUAGGCCUGAGAAGCCUGGGGCUAAAGUGCCCUGCCCAGCCCAGGGAGGAUGGCGGAUCCUGGGCUUGGGUCCAGCGUUGAUAUGCCCCUGGAGGAGCCUAGUACCGGUCGCGAUUUUCC